UUCAUGAUGACUGACGCAUGACGCUCAGGUCACUUUUUGUGACGUUUGACCCAUGACGUCAGGGGGGUCAUUUGGAGGACGAAGGAAGACAAAAUGGCGGUGUUGCAAUCGCGUGGCGUCGCCAGACAUGUAAACAAACCUGGGCAGUUUAGAUCGAGCAACCACAACACGUGAAGAGAAAUCGUCGUCUUUUCGUCAUGAGUAUUAUCAGAGUUACAAGAUUUCUACGCAGCCAGUCCUUCGUGAGAUUGUCCACGAGCACUGUCCACUCCGGGCCGCAUGCCCAGCCAGCCGAGGCGCUCACAGCCAGCAACCCUCUCCGGCCGUUUUACUUCGCCGUCCAUCCUGACCUAUUUGGACAGUUCCCAAGGGAGAAGAAGGUGAACGAAUCAUCCUUAAAGCAGUUGAACGGUUACCUGGAGUCUAUCCAGGCAGGCUGUCCACAUCUGCCGCCCAGUCUCAAGUUCUACAUACGGGAGAACAAUGUCAACCAGGACAGUGGAAGUCCUGUUGGUUUUAAGUCCGUCCAGUUUACCAUACUGUCCAAAGACUUCCUGACUGUAGUGGAGGAGAUCCUGAGCUCCUGUGAUCUGCCCACCUGUCACCUGGAAAAACUCCGCUCUGCUCAACCCUCCAAGUCAGCUGCCAGACCCUUAAGACGCUGGGAUGAGGCAGUUGUUCAUGACUUCUUUACCAGACCUGGGAGUCACAGAAAUCUCAGGAGAUCUCAGAUAAAGAAGGAUAUUAGACUUAGAUCAUGGAUCAGCAACAAUAUGCCAAAAAUUGAGAAAAGACUGCAGCAGAGCCAGAAGGUGCGAGAGACUAACAGGACACUGGAGACCAAGCUGUGUGGGGACUACGGAGUGCAGUCGGUGGACUGUGACUGUGAGCUGGGCUGUUUUAUUGUCAAAAGCUGUCUGCAGAGCUUCCUGAGACUCUGUCGGCAACACCCAGAUAUGACAUACUUCCUGAAAGGGAAAACUAUCAUGUUCUCCAACAAUUACUCUGGAGUCAGUGCAGAUGGCCAGAUUGUCUUGAGCCAUGAAGACGUGUGGCAACAUUGGUUUAUGCUGAUCAGCAGCCUCCCUCGCUAUGAAGCGCUGGUGGAACACAUCCCUGUCCUGGAGAAACAGCUGUCUGCGCUCAUGUCACACGUCAAAGUUCGUCGGGACUGUAAUGUCGCCAUGGUGAUGGCAGUGUCAUAUGCCAAGUGGCUGCAGAGACUGAUUGAGAGCCUGCGAUUGGACGGCACAGAACAUUUCUUUUCUGUUGGGAACCUCAGCAAGCACAGGAUUGUGCUGCAAGGCGAGAACAGCACACUGCGGCUGUCCCAGACAGGCCAGUUCUUGGUGCCUGUCUCAUGUCCGCCAGCUCAACUGGUAAACUUCAUCAGAAGGAAGUUAUCAGACUCGCAAUACCUUCUGCAGCAAUAUGACAGGGACUACAGGGUAGAGAGAGAAGAGAUGCAGAGGUGCCAGGAAGCCCUUGAGCUGGCAGUACUGAGAAAGGACCAUAACGUGUCCAUGCCACAGAUGAUAUCGUGCUGCCAAAGACUCAGACAUCAGUACUUGGAGCUGAGCCCAGAGUUGAAGGGUGCACGACUGAGGGUCACACAGUUCUACUCAAUAACACAGGAUGGUGAUGUGUGCAUUCCAUGGAACUGGAGGAUGUAGCACCCAGCUACUUAGUCAGUCCAACUGUGUGGAACUGGCUUCAUAUCAUGUACUGUCUCUGAAUAAUCGGCAUCGCUGCAGUGUUAUUUGCAUGCCUGCAUGGCACCUGAAUGGAAUGAAGGCUUUCAGAAAUGAUUUGCGGAAGUAACUUUGGUUCUGAGUGCAACUCAGAUGAUAUUUAUUGCUAGCAGUUUGCUUGUUGUGCCAGAGGCACAAGAGUGGCCAUCAUAAUUGAGUGAUCUUUUGAAGAAUCGAGACCUUGUUUGAAUAGAGGAUACGCACAAGAGACUGAGAUAGAAAACUUUUUUAUGUCCAUACUAUUACGACUGAAAAUCAUGACAUGUACCGGUAAAAAUAAUGAAGACUGUUCCGUUUUGCUGCCUUAGUCUUGUCCAGUCUGAACACGAUGCAUGAAGUGAUUUCUCUCUAUUCUAGUAAGUACAUGUAUUGUAAAAAUCAUGUUCAGGUAAGCAAAUGAAGACUUGGUAACCAAGUGGAUAAUUGUGCAAGACCCAAGAAGAAAGAAAUCACCAUCUAUUGUAGCAGAUGGGAACUGAUCUCAUACAACAGUUAUUCUGCUGUGAAGGAUUUCCGUUCUUGAAAUGAGAAAGACACUGUGUCUGUAUGGAUUGUUGACAUGAUUAAAUGAACACUUUUGUGUUCAUUGUGAAAUGGGUGUUUGGA